GACUUCCAUUGGUUAAUACUGUUCAAAUCAAAUCCACUUGGUGAUUAAUUCUAUUGUCAGCUUCUAGUCUUAUGACUAAAAAGACUUAAAAUUUAACAGGAGACUUGUGUUGAAAGACUACAUGUGAUGGUAUUAGUCACCCUGUAAACCAGACUACAGGGUAUUUUUGGAAAUAGUUUGAAAGUUUAGCAAGCAUGUCCUAAAUUAAUAGUUAAGAAACCGUUACAGAAACAGUUUUUGUUUUCAAUUCCAAAACGUUUUAAAAAGUUAAGCAUUAACAUCAGACCUGGAUCAGAUAUUAACCUGAACAUCUGUCAGCGCUGUACUGAGAACCUGGAGUGUCUCAGUGUAAUGAGGGCAGGAAAGGAGCGUACUGUCAGAGGUUGUUUGAUAGUCUGCCAGCAUCGGGCCUGUACUCAAACCUGCCCCCGUACCACAUUCCUGAUGUAUUACCCGAGUAAACACUGUCUGCAUGGGGGCCCUGGGAAACUUGUGCAUGAAAUGUAAAUAUUUAGACAAUAUCAGCGUCCAUUCAGAAUGUUCUGGACGAUCAGAAACAAGCUUACAUAGGGGGAAUACAUCUAUUUUGAAUGAUCUGAUCUUAUUCACUACAGCUAUCACUGCAAUUAAAAUCAGACAUUCUGAAACCGCUUUGAGGAUUUUUCUUAGUAUAUAUCCAAAUAACUUUUUGUCAAGGAAGUGAGAUUGUAAUAACUGAGAAUGUUUGCUCAACUUAAUCAAAAGAUCAUUGCACACCAGUGGAGAUCAUUUUUUAAAUCAAACACUGACAUUUCUUUAAUAAAAAUCCAAGAGGAUGAAGCCUUUUUUAAUUAAUUGCACUCUUUCAGCUGUUGCCCAGUACCAGUGUUGCUCUUGGCUUUGUUUGGUUGCUCUUGAAAGAGACAUAGACAGCAGCGGUUAGAAAUAUGAGGAAGGAAUAAUUGCUGUCUGUGUUAGGACAAGCCAGGUGUAAUAGUUCUUAUCAGAGGACUUGCGUUUGCCACCUGUUUCUACAUUACUCAACUUUUCUCAGCAGGUGGAUCCUUUCCCCAAAUUGACCUGGUUGAGAACAUGUUAGGGUUAUUGAUGGCUGACGAUGGUCAGCUAAUCAACUAGUCCACUGACUAGUCCAGUUAGACAAAUGCCCCCUAAUGAGAUGAUCCCUUUUUGAACGCUCCUCCCGCUAUGAAACAAAGGUCAAAUGCAUGAAUGUAAUCAAAUGUAGAUGUUAUAUAGUCACUAACUCUCUAUCCAACACUUUUUGCAUGCAAUGUCCCAUGUAAAUUCAUCCCAUGUCUUGUUUUCAUUCUCAUCUGGCGUCUACCCCAAUGAAGUUUAUUAGCUCAUCAAUGUUUACGUCAACAUCUCAACUAGUAAUGCAUAUGUGGAUUAUUCUAGCAUACAUAAAUUGAAGAGUAAUGGGUAAAAAUCUCCGCACACUAAACGAGAUCAGAAGCCCCUUGUGAAAGUGAAAUGUUUUGAAAUGGUUAAUAAACUAUUUUGACAUUCCAGUAAACCCAAACCCGAUAAUCUGGAUUAAAUAAAACUGGACGCUUUUGAGGUUUUGGGCAAGCUUCAAAGCGAAAUAAUUUGUAUAAACCACAAUUACUUUUAUUCAACCGUUAUAUUCGUCAGAUUUCAGAUAUGCAUCGCACACCCAGUGUCUUCUCAUCAUCGCUACUCAUUUGGAUGUAAGUUGGAGUGUUAACAGCAGCAGGCGGGUUUGAAGGUGUGUAAUUAACUGGCAGUGAUCCAGCUCACCUAUCCUUACAGCCACACCUGAUGGAAUGCAUUAGUUAGUUCAGUGUACGAGCUUAGUGCAGCAGUGUCGUUAAGCAUGUGAACAAAGGAGUACGGCUUAAGACAACUGGUCAACGGUUAGAAGAGUUCAGUGGAGUUUUCUCAUCCAAGACGUAUUUGGUGGAAAGGAGGUGGAACUCUAGUGGCUUGGCGUCCAGGACCUUGCGGACCGGCUGUGUGUUUUGGAGCAACUUGAGGAGCUUCUUCAGUCCAGUGACCCUAGCCAUUGUCAGCACCAUGAGCAGCCAGAAUUGACACACGACAGCGUCUACAGCAGCCACAGAGCUGGGGGCUCGUCCGGGAUAGGGGGGAAUCUCCUAAGAACCAGGGAGUGAAACAUCCCGAGAUCAGGAGAUCAAGAGAAAAAGACGCACCGGUGAAUCAGGCGGACCUACAUAAAAAAGGGGGUAAGUGUUUUCGUAUAUUUCUUGAAAGAAAUAUAGCGCUUACCCUCUGUAGGAUCCUAGUAGGGGAUUAAUGUAAAAAUUAUCCCGCGUUCCCCGUAAAGACACGGGAAGGAGUUGUAAUCACUAAUUGCUAGUGGAAUUAAGCUUUCCAUUGUUGUUACACUACGGCUGGCAACAGUAGUCAAUUGACUAUUAGCGUAGAGUGAUUGGAUGUGCAGUACUGGCCACACUGUACUUUUGAUCACGGUUGCGUAUUGCGUACGGCGAAUUUUAAACUUUUGUUGUAUUUUAACCAUCGCGGAAAUUGAUUUAAUUUGGGGAUUGAAAUUUAAUUAAAAUCCAUUUUGUGGAAAUCAAUUAAUAAUUGUUAUUACAUGUUGAAAUAUUGUGACCCAAAAGAAAGGUGUUUUAGGGGCGACCCGAACUUGGUUUGGCGAGAGCCCAAAACUAUAGGAAACACCCAAACAAAAGAAGGUGAUCUAGUGACGAUCAGGGCGAAAGCUUUGUGUAAGUCAAAACCUAGAAAAAUCACCCAAGGUCACAAUACGAUACAUGGAAUCACAGUUAAGGUUGGGCAAAAGAGUAUAGAAGAAUUUUGAAUUGCAAAUUUGCUUGCUUAUCACUGCCUGAACACUACAAUUUGCGCUGCUAUUAAGUGGAAGAUGGGGGGUUCAAAGUCAAGACCAUUACCAGGAGAGACACCAAUUGAUUUUAUGUUCAUAAAUAAUCAAGGGUUUUAUACAGAACCUUUUGUAAGUGACAUGGCAGGAUGGUCAGAGAGUAUGAAACCACAAAUUGAAACUCCGUAUCCGAGAGAGGGUUCAUUCACUGAUGAGGGUAUGGAAUUAGCUAAAAGUCUAAUUUUUGAGGGGUGGGGCGAUCCCAAUUGGGAUUAUAAAUAUAUGACUAAAAGUUAUAAUGUUUGGAAGGAUCUGAAAAAGGUCUGGGAUCAAGGACCAGAAAAGAAAAAGGUACUUGCCUUUGUGGCUCAGCAAAACAGCUUUCCACAAGACAAGCCACCGCCCUACUGCACUCCUCGCCUACCCACAGCGCCACCGCACAACAGUCAUGUUACUGAAAAGUCAGGUACUUUCAAAGAGACAAAGGUAGAGACAAAGGAAACUCCCAAAACUCAGAGUGCAAUGGUGUGGAUGAGAUCGGGAAAUGCGAUAGGGGUGAAACCAGUAAAAAUGACAGAUAUGGAAGCAAUCUGUAAAAGUUUGCCUUCUCCACAGAAUCCUAGUAAAUUUGUAACUAUUCUGCAAUCACACACAAAGUAUGCUCAUUUUACAGGUGCAGAUUACAGAGCAGUUCUGGCAAGAACACUGGAAGGAGAUGUCACUGAGGAGAUGUUGAUUAGUGAAUGCAAAACACUGGCGUAUGAAAAUGAUCAUAUAUCGGGCUCAGCUACGGCAGCAUCGCCACAUGAAUUUUUCUGGGAAAAACAGGAAAAUCAUACUUCUUUCUUUAAAGAGUUGAGAGUAUUCCUAGAGAAGCGUCUAGGCAAUAAACAAGAUUUAUCAUUUGCUGCAAACACAAAGCAGAAGUCUAAAGAAACGGCUUCAGAUUUCUAUCUGAGAUUUAAGAAAGCAUGGGUGGAGGAAUCUAAACUCCCACUUGAUGAUAACUUAAAGGCAUUAUUCAUCAACACAUUUCUGAAUAAUAUGCAUGGAAAACAAGCACAACUGAUUAGAAUCACAACAACUAACUUGUUAGAAAUGACCAUAGAAGCAUUAGGGAAGCGAGUUAGGGAACUAGAUAUUUCUGGAGGGUUUGUGGUCAAAACUGAAACUGCUAUGUUCACUGGGCAAAAGCCACAGAGAGGUGAACAUGACCUAAAAGCAGAACUGAAACACAGAUCAAGUGUUGCAAAAAGAUCAAGAAUAGUUUGUUAUCUCUGUGGAAAGGAAGGUCAUGUCCAAAGAAAUUGCAGAAAAGGGAGAAGUCAGAAUCGUCCUCAGGGAGAUUCAGUUCAGUGGAAGCCAAGAAUAGAUCACUCUCAGCAGAGAGACAGAGAAAGAUUCAACUCCCCUUAUCCUACUUCUUGGCACAAGCCUCAAGGACCACAAUAGGGAUGCCUACAGAGUGAAGUCAGUUCCAAUGUAUCUAUGACGACCCUCACAUUUACUAAUAACAAUAAAGAUUUGCCAUAUGUUACAUUGUUAGUGCACGGUCAACCACAGACGUUCCUCCUAGAUUCUGGAGCUGACGCAACUUCAAUGACCGCUGCACAUUAUGAGGGUCCUCUUUCUAGUCAAAUAGUAAACUCUGUAGGAAUUUCAGGAACUGACAUUCAAUGUCCUGUAACGCCUCCUCUAGAGGUAAGGGCUCCUGGAUUAAUUCCAUUCUUUCACAAAUUCACAAUCAUUCCAGGAGCUCCAUUAAAUUUGUUAGGACGAGAUUUGAUGCACAAAUUAAAUAUGGACAUUAAAUUCACUGAUGAUUUGGUCACGUUCUCUUUCCUGUCUAGCUUACAGGUCUCUGUGAACCCAUUGCCGGAUUGGGAAGACAACAAAGCAGAACCAGCCACAUGUAAGCCCAGGUCUGACAUACCACCAGCGGUUGAAACUCUGGUAGACCCUGCAUUAUGGUCACAGUAUAAAGAUGACACAGGAUUUAUAGACAUGGAACCAUACAAAGCAAAAUUGAAAACUAAUAAACCUGUCUAUAUUAAGCAAUAUCCUUUGUCUAAAGAUAAGGAACUGGGCAUAAAGCCAUUGAUUGAGAAUUUUGUCCAGCAGGGUGUCCUCGUACCGAUACACUCACCUUACAACACGCCAAUUAACCCCAUAGUUAAAGCAGAUGGUAAAACAUGGCGUUUAACUCAAGAUUUAAGAGCUAUAAAUCAAUUGAUAACACCAUUAGCUCCAAUUGUGCCUGAUGUACCGACUGUGAUUAAUUCUAUUCCAUGUACGCACAAAUAUUUCACAGUCAUUGAUUUGUGUGCAGCCUUUUUCUCUGUGCCUGUACAUCCAGACACUCAGCCUCUACUAGCGUUCACCUUCCAAGGUCAACAAUUUUCCUGGACACGCUUGGCACAGGGCUAUGUGGACAGUCCCGCAGUUUUCUCGGCAGCAGUACAGAGGACAUUGGCAAAGAUGACUGAUCUACCCUCUACAGUCUGCGUUCUCCAAUAUGCAGAUGACAUUUUGAUAACAGGUGAAACACAAAGCGAUUGUGAAAAAGCCUCUAUCAUUGUAUGCAAUGUGCUCGCUCAAGCAGGAUUCAAGGCCUCCAAAGACAAGCUCCAAUGGGUCCAAUCCAAAGUUACCUAUUUGGGACACAUCAUCAUGCCAGGUCUGAGAGCGAUUUCUACAGACAGGGUCCAGCUGAUCAGGAAGAUGAAGUCUCCACGAACUAUACAACAGCUCCAAAGCUUCCUGGGACUGAUUAACUAUUGCAGAUCCUGGAUACCUGACUGUGCAGUGCAUGACAGGCACCUGAGAAGCCUGAUUGAUCACAAAGCUCCACCAAGCACGCUCUUGAACUGGACUGAGGAGGCAGAACUGAACUUUACUGCGUUGAAGCAGGCGAUCACCAAGGCCCCAGCUCUGGGCCUACCAGACUACAACAAAGACUUUCAUUUGCAUGUCCGUGAAACUGAGGGGGUGGCCAUAGGUGUCCUGCUGCAACAGCAUGGUUCCACAUACAGACCAUUAGCGUACCUUUCUAAGAAAUUGGACAACAUUGUUACAGGUAUGCCAGCAUGUCUUCGUGCUGUGGCUGCAGCUGCCCUGGUUGUACAGAUGGCUGAGAGAAUGGUUUUGUCACACCCUUUGAUAUUGUAUACGUCUCAUCAGGUAGGCGCAAUUUUACACAAUAUGCAAACACAACACAUGACAGCGCAACGACGCUCAGGUUACGAGGCAACACUGCUGGCAACUAAAAAUCUAACGAUCCAACCUACAGCGUCCAUUAACCCGGCACUGUUGGGUGUGUUGGGAAUGGCUGACAUGGUAGAUAAUGUCACAGAGCAUGAUUGCAUAAUUGAACUAACUUCCUCAUGUUCUUCCAGGGCCGAUCUUUUGGAUUCGCCCCUGGAUGGGGGGGAACAUCUAUAUGUUGAUGGAUCAUGUUCAAAACCUGCAGAUGGGGUCUACCUUUGUGGCUAUGCUGUGGUGUCUGAGACUGGGGAAAUAAUUGAAUCAUUUGCUUUAGAUUUUAACUCAGCUCAAGCUGCAGAAUUAGUAGCAUUAAUAAGAGCAUGUGAGCUGAUGGAAGGAAAAAGAGUAACUAUUUAUACUGAUUCCAAAUAUGCAUGGGGAGUGGUACACCACUUUGCCAAAACUUGGGAAGCAAGAGAUUUCAAAACUGCAGAUGGGAAACCCAUAGCACAUUCAAACCUGAUAGGACAGUUAACCAAAGCAGUACAGCUACCUGCCGAAGUGGCCAUAGUAAAGGUAAAAGGUCACGCAACAGGUGAGGAAGAACAGGCUGUAGGAAACAGGAGAGCUGAUGAAGUCGCAAAAGAAGCAGCCAAAGCCCAGAUAAAAUCACCAUUUAAUAUGGGUGACAAAACACAGAUAGCUAUGACUAUGCAUGUGACUAAUGUUCCUGACAUUGACAUUAAAGUUUUGCAGAGUCAACCUACACAAGUUGAUUUAGAGCACUGGAGUAAACAUAACUGUGCUCCAGACAAAGAUGGGCUCUUAAGAGAUGAGAAAGGAAGAAUAGCCUUACCAAAAUUAGGACUAAUAGUCCUUAUUAGACAUUACCAUGGACUGUCACAUACAAGUUGUGCAAAAGUAGUACAAGUUAUUAAUCAAUUGUAUUGCAUUGCAGAUGUACACAAAACAGCAAAGCUGAUUUUAGACUCGUGUCUCACAUGUGCUCAGGUAAAUCCGCACAAACCUAUUAAACACGACGCAUUACCGCAUCCAGAAGCACCAUUUCAACAUGUACAAAUUGAUUUCACGCACAUGCCGCCAAUAGGUAACUUGAAAUACCUUUUGGUUAUUGUGGAUCGAUUUUCAAAGUGGCCAGAAGCAUUUCCAUGUGCAAAGGAAGAUGCUAAAACAGUGGUAAAGAUUUUGACUAAGGAAAUAAUUCCUAGAUUUGGGAUACCUAACACUAUUGAGAGUGAUAAUGGGACUCCAUUCGCAUCAAAGGUAACACAGCUACUUUCUAAAGUAUUAUCGAUUGAUUGGCACCUGAACAUACCUUACCAUCCACAGUCUUCCUCCAAUGUGGAGAGACUUAACCAAACAGUCAAACGAAGGCUCACUAAGGCCUCUAUUGAUACAGGAAAGAAAUGGGUAGAUUUGCUACCUGCUGUCUUGACAGAACUAAGAAUGACUCCAUCUUCCACCACUAAGUUUUCACCAUUUGAAAUACUAAUGGGUAGACCUUUCCCGACCCCAUGGGUUAAAGGUCGCGCAGGCUUUACUUCCUUAGGUGAUCUGGAGGUGAUCCAGGAGGACUACGUGACUUCCCUCAUUGAGAAACUUAACUCCAUAUGUGCUGAUGUUUCUUUGUGUCUUCCUCUUCCCUCAGAAAAGCCUACUCACCCCUUUGUUCCAGGACAGAGUGUGCUCAUCAAAAGCCUGAAACCAACGAAGGUGGGAGAACCAAGAUAUCUUGGACCAGCCACUGUGAUCGCAGUAACCCUGACGGGAGUGCUGACAGAUUAUCAACCGCAGUGGAUACACGCCUCACGCCUGAAGAAUUACUCUACAGGAGAGCAGGCAAGCUCCAAUUUCACAUAGAAUCUCGAACGGGGAUUCACCUUACUGUUUAACAGGGAGGAAAAGGCACUGGUUAAGCGGAGGAAGGAACUACCUCUUAUAGUGAGGUGGGGGUUGUCCAAAGCAAGAAGAUAGUUGGCCCAUUGAGUCAAAACAGUGCUAACUCCUUAAACCACUCUGUUACCAUUAAGGGCUAAAUUCUAUUGAUGGACAUACCACCGUUGAUUUCAACGAGGAACUUGGAUUCUACACACUGUUGUGCCUAUUGUUAUAUUCAUAGUGAUUCUUCUGCUAAUAGCACCCUGUAUGAUGCAAUGUAUUAGUACUUCUAUAAUGCGUUCUGUUACAGCGCUCACUACAGGAAAUACCUACCAAGCAAUGCUGCAUGUAUCCAAUCCAGUACAGACCUUUGUUAGGGUUCCAGAGCAGUUGGAGAUGAAUGUGAUUGAAGCUGAGGAUUUCCCAACAGAUGCUGAUAGCUCUACUGGAGAUGAUUAUGUGCACACUUAUGAGUUAGAGCCUGAACUGUAUAACAGAAAUGAAUACUAACUGAAGAUAUAUAUCACAUUUGAUUACUGUGUAUGAAAGUACAUAAGAUAUGCCCAAGAUUGUUCACGAUUGUGUAAGACAUGUCUUCGACUGUCUUAAAGUGGCCAUUGUGAGAUUCUGCUUGUACUCAUGAACACAUCUUGUGUUAAAGGACAUUGUGGUGUAAUAUGUACUCCUUUGAACCUUACUCUAUAUUCAUGAUGUUGCUCAAUGCAGUGUGUUAUGCUUGAUCAGCCAAAUAUCUGCCAGACAUUACGUUAUUUCAUUUCCCUAUAAAAGUAACACCCCUUGUACAAUAAAGUUGAGCUUAGAAUGAACUACACCACUUGUGUGACUCAUUCUUGGUUCCCGGGUACCUGCU